GGCUCGUGAGGAGGGUUUAUAAUUAGCUUGGGUCUAAUCUCUCUCCCUCUCUCUUUCACACUCACUCACUCACACUUUCUCUCUCUGCAGUUAAUGUGAGUGUUUUACUGUAGUAAUGAUGGGUAAAACUGAGUUACACUCUGUGUUUAAGAACAUACUGGAUUGUUUCUGCCUCUGUCUGUCUAGAUGUAACAGUCGUGUGAGGUCGUGGGCUGUUAAAGACGAUGAGGAGAGUCAUCUGAUAUAUCGGCCGGGUGAUGUGCUGCUGGACAGAUAUGAGAUUUUGGAAACACUUGGAGAGGGAACGUUUGGGAAAGUGGUGGAGUGUAUAGACCAUCAGAGGGGAGGAUCUCACAUCGCUCUGAAGAUCAUUAAGAAUGUGGAGAAAUACAGAGAAGCUGCUCGUCUGGAGAUCAAUGUUCUGGAGAAGAUCAAACGGAAAGAUCCCGAUCAUAAAACUCUGUGUGUGCAGAUGUUCGACUGGUUCGACUAUCACGGCCACACGUGCAUCAGUUUUGAGUUGCUGGCCGUCAGCACGUUUGACUUCAUGAAGCAGAAUCAUUACGAGCCGUACACCAUCAGUCAGGUCAGACACAUGGCCUAUCAGAUCUGCAUCGCCGUCAACUUUCUUCACAACAACAAGCUGACGCACACGGACCUCAAACCUGAGAACAUCUUGUUCGUGGAUCCUGAAUACACGGUCACAUAUAACUUAAAGAAGAAGAGAGAUGAGCGAUGUGUCAGGAACACUGAUGUGAGGGUGGUGGAUUUUGGCAGUGCCACGUUUGACCACGAGCAUCACAGCACUGUUGUUUCCACCCGACAUUACAGAGCACCAGAGGUCAUUUUGGAGCUGGGCUGGAGUCAGCCGUGUGAUGUCUGGAGUAUCGGCUGUAUUCUGUUUGAAUACUACAGUGGAUAUCCACUCUUUCAGACUCAUGAUAACAGAGAGCAUCUGGCAAUGAUGGAGAGAGUACACGGACCAAUUCCUUCUAGAAUGAUUCAGAAAACAAGGAAGCAGAAAUACUUUAAUAGAGGUCGAUUACACUGGAGUGAUGAUACAUCAGCUGCACGUUAUGUGAGAGAAAACUGCAGACCCCUCAGAAGGUGUGUGUUGUGUGAUUCAGAAGAUCAUCAUCAGUUCUUUGAUUUAUUGGAGGGUUUCUUUGAAUAUGAACCGGAGCGUCGUCUGUCUCUCUCUGCUGCACUACAUCAUAAGUUCUUCAGACCCUUCAGCAGUUACAGAUAUAUGAGCUGUUGACCUCUGAACUCAAGCAUCUGAACUGAACCUCAUAAAUGUUUGACAAUCAGUCAAAGGUGGAGGUGAAUUAAUGAAGAUUUGAUUUUCUGAUGAUUGUUGAAUUCGUUCAGCGUUGAUGCCAGCGUUUAUCGGUCAAACCAAUAUCUGAUAAUGGGAAAAUGCUUAAAUAUCAGGGAAAAUAUUGAGAAACAGAUAUAUCGAUCGAUCUCUAGUUUCAGUUUAUUUGUAAUGCCAGAGGAACAGAUUAUUCAAAAAUAUUGCUUGCCAAGUCAUGUUAUUUUUUAUUUGCUAGAGGAAAUAAAAGAGGAGUCACUAGGAGAAGUCACACAAUAACAGGUGUUUAAAACGUCUUGUAAACCUUCAUCUUUUUGUCCUCCAGUUCUCUUCAGUGUCCUUUUGGCUUUGUUAGCUGUGAUGUCUGUGGUGCUGAACUCAAGCUCAUCAGGUGUUUGUAGAUCACCUGCACCUCAUCAGCUCGGCUUAUCUGUAACCCUGAACUAAUUUGUGCUGCUCUUAGUAGAUUGUGUUGAUCAUUAUGAAAAUGAGCUGUUGUGCCUGCGUUAUUAAGUUUGCACUUUUUUACUAAAUAACCUGCAGAUAUUACCACUCCCAUCAGUGCUUUUUUGGAAUUGUGCUCUUGUGCUAAUUUGCCCGAUUUAGUAAAUCUGGCCCCAGGGUGUUUUAACCCAGCAGAACUCUGUUUAUUUUAUUUAGUUUAUUUGUAUAUUUGAGUUGUUUCUAGAAUUUUAAAUAUUGCACAUGUCACAUUAUUUUAUGAGUUUUGUAUGAAAUGAAUAAAGUUGUAACUACUGUAAAUGUUUUGUAGAAUAAAAUAUGCUUUGUCACGUA